AUGGUACUGGACUGCGCAACUUCUAUGAUAUGCCUGAGGGCGGCCCUUCCCUCCGCUAUCCACCCUGACAUUCUUCCCCGCCUCGACCCUGAAUACGUCACGUUCCAUAAUAUCCAUCUAGCCCACCGCGUGCCCCCGCAUACGAUCCCCUGGCAUCCGGAUAUCAGGAAGGCGCCCUACAUCCCAGGUGGCUCGUCUAUUAGGACAGUUGGGGCUGUCAAAGAUUCAGUCUGCAGAACUGCAAGAUUCGGGCUUUCAUACCUGAAGGAAGGGUGGCCGGUGUUGUUAUAUAUCCAUGGAGGUGGAUGGACGCUUGGGAGUAUCGAUACUUUGAACUCGUUCAUAUCCCGUCAAUGCAAAGAUAACAACUGCGUUUCGGUGGCCCUGGACUAUCGCUUGGCUCCUGAGAACCCAUAUCCUGCAGCGGUCGAGGACACGGUCGAUGCGUUGAAAUUCAUUUAUUACAACGGGAAGGCGGAGUUCAAUGCGAACGUGAACAAAAUCGCAAUUGGAGGGUCGUCCAGCGGCGGGAAUUUAGCUGCAAUCGCAUGUCUCAAGGCGCAAGAACUCACGCCUCCCAUCCCCAUCAUCUUCCAGCUGUUGAUUGUGCCUGUGAUUGACAAUACGGCAUCCGUCACCGACGAGAGAUACCCUUCUUGGAAAGAGUGCCAGAAUACUGUUUGGCUGUGCGAAGGGCGGAUGAUGUGGUUCCGCAACAUGUACCUUCCUGACCCUGCGACCUGGGCAGAACCAGACAACUCGCCUAUCUUCGCGUCGGAUGCUUUGCUUGCCAAGGUCCCGCCUGCAUUCGUUAGCGUCUGUGAACUCGAUAUUCUGCGGGAUGAAGGACUCGCGUAUGGCGAGAAGUUGAAGUCGCUUGGGGUGAAGGUAGAGGCAAAGGUUUACCCAGGAGCAUCGCAUCAGAUUCUUGGGAUGGAUGCUGCGCUGAAAGUUGGGAAGCAGCAGGCUGACGACGCCAUCAAGGCUGUGGGAGAUGCUUUCAAAGCGGCGUAGGUAUUGAUAUGGAUGUUACAGAGAAUAGUGGUGAAUUGUGUACGAUUACAUUGAAUGCGAAGACAUGCAAGGGCCGCAGUUGCAUUAUAAGACAGCCUUGUCAUUGUUUUUCGGAAAGAUGGUUUGUUUGCCAGGGUCCGGUCUGCGUACAUGUCUGUGAAAUAGAUAUUAUGCAGUUA